GAUUACAGAGAUGUGGUAAGAGUUGUAGAUUGAGAUGGAUGAAUUAUCUAAGACCAGAUCUCAAAAGAGGCAAUUUCACUGAAGAUGAAGACGAACUCAUCAUCAAGCUCCAUAGCUUGCUCGGUAACAAAUGGUCAUUGAUAGCUGGGAGAUUACCAGGAAGAACAGACAACGAGAUCAAGAACUACUGGAACACUCACAUCAAGAGGAAGCUUCUCAGCCGUGGGAUCGAUCCAAACACUCACCGUCUCAUCAACGAAUCUGCUGCAUCAUUAGUUGUAUUGCCUCCGUCUUCGUCGUCUCUUCAAAACGAUGUCGUCGUUGAGCCUUUGCGUCUCGAUUUCGCCGGACCGGUUAAACCGGAACCGGUACAAGGGGAAGAGAUCUCUGGUAUUCAUAAUAACAAUAAUUGCACGAGCAGUGGAACGACGUCGGAGAAAGAUUUUGGGAACGAGAACGAUUGGGUGCUCAACUUGGAGCUCUCUGUCGGACCAGCUGCGACGCGUUAUCAUCAUCGGUACGAGUCGACCACCCGGAAGGUGAGUGUUGUUGAUUCGGCUGAGUCGAAUAGACGGUGGGGGUCCGAGUUGUUCGGAGGAGCUCAGAGCGAUGCGGUGUGUUUGUGUUGUCGGGUUGGGUUGUUCCAUAAUGAGUCGUGUCGGAAUUGUCGGAAUUGUCGUAAUUCUGAUGUUAGAAUUCAUUAGUGUUUUUAUUUUAUUUUACAUUUGUUAUGUAACGCAUCAAAAAGCAAGAAGAUUAGGAUAAAAAUUUAUUUGAUGACAAAUGAAUAGAGCUGUCUCAAACUAUAGUUUCAGAUUA